AUUAUCCUUAAGUUUGAAGAAAGUCCCCGAGUGAAAUGAGCAAUCAAGUGGAAAUCUUUUACAAGGGCCAAAAGGCCCUGUUGAACGUAUUCUCGCUGUGGCACCAGAAUGAACGCCGGUGGAGAAUCAUCCAUCAGGUUAACUACGUCCAUGUGAUGGGAUUCUGGGUGCUACUCUUUGAUCUUUUACUGAUGAUGCACGUGGUGGCCAACCUGAGUUACAUCUCCGAGAUUGUGAGGGCCAUCUUUGUUCUGGCCACAAGUGCGGGGCACACCACCAAACUGCUGAGUAUUAAGGCCAAUAAUGUGGAACUGGAGCAGCUCUUCAAGAGGCUGGAUGAGGAUGAUUUUCGGCCAAGAGGAGUCGAAGAGGAGUUGAUCGUGGCAGCUGCCUGUGAAAGGAGUCGGAAACUUAGGGAUUUCUACGGGGCUCUCUCGUUAGCCGCCCUGGGCAUGGUCCUAGUACCCCAAUUCGUCGUGGACUGGUCCCAGCUUCCUCUGGGCACAUACAAUCCAUUUGGCGACAAUCCUGGCUCUCCUGGCUACUGGCUCCUGUACUGCUAUCAAUGCCUGGCUUUGUCCGUCUCCUGUCUCACCAAUAUAGGCUUCGAUUCCCUCUGCUCCUCGCUGUUCAUCUUCAUUAAGUGCCAGCUGGACCUUAUGGCCGUGCGACUGGACAAGAUGGGCCGUUUGAGUAGUGCCGGUAGCUCCGUGGAGCAGCAUCUGAAGCAGAAUAUCCGGUACCACAUGACCAUUGUGGAAUUGACCAAAACUGUGGAGCGUCUCCUUUGCAAGCCGAUUUCAGUGCAGAUCUUCUGUUCCGUAUUGGUUCUGACUUCCAAUUUUUAUGCUAUAGCUCUGUUGUCCGACGAGAAGCUGGCUCUAUUUAAAUUUAUCACCUAUCAGGCGUGUAUGCUGAGCCAGAUUUUUAUAUUGUGCUACUAUGCCGGUGAGGUAACGCAGCGAAGCUUGGAGCUUCCCCAUGAGCUUUACAAAACUUCUUGGGUGGACUGGAACAAGGAUUCUCGAAGGAUUGUGCUCCUCUUCAUGCAACGCCUUCACUCGACUCUGAAGAUAAGGACCUUAAAUCCCAGCAUUGGUUUCGAUCUAAUGCUUUUCAGCUCGGCUUUCCUUGUGGGGUUUUUGGCUGGAAAAGUGAAAAUCGUCAGCAUGUCUCAGCAUCAAGUGCUCGCGAGUGCCUUCUACAAGUACCAGGUGUGGUACUUUCAAAUUCUAGGCGUUUGGCAGCUUCCCAUUUGGGCAACGAAUCACCAGAGACGCUUUCAGUCCAUGCGGUUCGCUUUUAUCCUGGUUAUCCUGUGCAUAAUGCUGCUGCUUUUUGCCUUGGAGCUCCUGAAUAACAUCUCCCAAGUUCGGGAGAUCUUGAAAGUAUUCUUCAUGUUCGCCACCGAAAUAUCCUGCAUGACCAAACUAUUGCACUUAAAGUUGGAGAGCCGGAAGCUCGUUGGCCUGGUUGAGAUGAUGACGUCCCAUGAGUUCGCAUUUAAAACUGAACAGGAAAGGGAGAUUUUGGAAUCGGCCAGAGCGGCUGUUGUUCAUAUGAGAAAUUUCUAUGGCAUCAUGUCCUUUGGCACGGCUUCACUGAUCCUCCUGGUUCCCUGUUUCGCCAACUAUGAGGAGCUACCACUGGCCAUGUUCGAGGUGUGCAGCAUCCAGGGGAGAAUCUGCUAUGGAUUGCAGUACCUCUUCCACUCGAUUUGCCUGCUGCCGACUUGCGUCCUCAACAUAACCUACGACUCGGUGGCCUUUUCCUUGCUUUGCUUUCUGAAGGUUCAGAUCCAGAUGCUGGUCCUUAGAUUGGAAAAGUUGGGCCCUGUGAUCAGUGGGCGGGAUAACGAGAAGAUCGCCAGGGAGCUGCGUGAAUGUGCCGCCUACUACAACAAAAUUGCGCAGUUCAAGAAUCUGGUGGAGCUGUUUAUCAAAGUGCCGGGCUCCGUGCAACUCAUGUGCUCCGUACUGGUGCUGGUGUCCAACCUGUAUGACAUGUCCACCAUGUCCGUGGCCAAUGGGGAUGCCAUCUUUAUGGCCAAGACCUGCAUUUACCAACUGGUAAUGCUCUGGCAGAUCUUCAUCAUUUGCUACGCCUCCAACGAGGUGACUGUACAGAGUUCCAGGCUUUGUCUCGGCAUCUACAGCUCACAGUGGACAGGUUGGAACAGGUCCAACCGCCGGAUUCUCCUGCUUAUGAUGCAACGCUUCAAUUCGCCGAUGCUUCUGCGCACCUUUAAUCCCACCUUUGUUUUCAGCUUGGAGGCCUUUGGUUCUAUUGUCAAUUGCUCGUACAGCUAUUUCGCCUUGCUAAAGCGAGUGAACAGUUAA